UCCUCUGUGCUGGCCUAUCUACGUUGUUUUUCCUCAUUUACACUUAGAUUUGAUUCAUAAUCAAGCGCUUAGUUCACGUUCAGAUUCAGUUAACUUGUCUUCACAUCACAUUAUGCCUUGCUUUGAGGAGCAGACUGAGGCUUGAACGCCUUACUGAAUGACUGGUCACUUAGCAGGUCAUAUCUCAACCAUUCAGUGGCACUUAUUGCCAUAUAAAGUAUACAUAUGGCUCACGUAAAGAUCCGUUUUAUGUAACUAUUUUAUGUCUUCUUGUGGUCGACUAAGCCAUGUGCAAUACUUUUAUGCAUGGGAAAAAUAUAUAUUUUGGGAUACUUGCGAAAAUAUGUGAAAAAAACAAACCUGUAAAUAGUUGGGUGAUGACUUUUAGAAGGUUGUAAUUAAGCAGUACAGUGAAGUGACACUGUAUAAACGCAUUUGGAGAUUUAUUUUAUUAUUGCAAAACUGGGUCUACACAAAGUUGGAUAAGGAAAUUUGCUUCUCAAAUAACCAUUUUUGUUACGCUUGGUUAUUAGAUGCCGAAGCUUAACAACAUGAAUAAAAAUCAAAUACACCUUCAUAAAAGCAUAUGACUCUACCGUUCAAAAUAUGACUUGUAAAAUGGAGGCCAUUUAACCGUGAGCACUGGCUAGGCUUUCCCCUUUAUCUCCCACGUUCUCUCCCACAGUCACGUGCCUAGCACAUCCAAUCCAAUCUCUGCAGUGAUUCAACUUAUCAGAGGUCUGUAGUUCACAGCGAAGUCAAGUAGUUAGUUACUUGAUUUCAACGGAUUCUGCUUUUGUGUCAGUUUCAUUGUGGGUGUAUCUGUCCGGCUGCUCUCUCUUUACUUGUUUUUGUUAUGUCGACAUUGGGAACACUGAGUUACUACGCUGACUCACACAUUCCACACGAGAAUGACGAUCAUUUGGCACCGAGGUUCUCAUCUGGACCCGUGGUCCAGCAGCAGCCUCGGGAACUGACGCUACUUGAAUAUGGCGAACAGGAGCCCUACACUUUCCAGGCCAAAUCAUCCAUUUUUGGUGCAUCGUGGAGUCCCGUGCAGCCCCCAGGCGCAUCUAUCGCCUAUCACCCGUACAUUCACCACCCAUGUUCAACAGGAGAAAACGAUGGAGCAUCCGUGCGUCCCUGGGCGUUAGAACCGCUGCCUGCACUGCCUUUCACGGGAUUAUCCACAGAUACGCAUCAUGAUAUAAAACUUGAACCACUGGUUGGGAGUGGUGAGUGCACCACGCAUACACUUCUUGUGGCCGAGACUGACAGCAAUACGACCCAAGCAGAGAGGAAGGUACCAGACGAUGCUGUUUCCAACGGAUCACAGGAUGAGAAAAUUCCUACAGAGACGAAGCUAGAUCUAGACCCAAAUAACCCUGCGUCCAACUGGCUGCAUGCGAAGUCCACUAGGAAAAAGCGGUGUCCAUAUACUAAGCACCAAACACUCGAGCUGGAGAAAGAAUUUCUGUUUAAUAUGUACCUCUCUCGCGACCGUAGAUAUGAAGUGGCAAGACUCCUAAAUCUCACCGAGAGACAAGUCAAAAUUUGGUUCCAAAACCGUAGGAUGAAGAUGAAGAAAUGCAAUAAAGAUCGCCCAAAAGACAUUUAAAAAGAGGAAAGCUGUACCCGCGCACUGCAGUUGGAAGAAAUUACCUGGUUCGUGCGAAGUUGUUUGUGAAUUAGCCAGUCUUUUGCCUCAUGCACAACUACAUUUUAUCAUUAUAGAUAACCUACAUUUGUAAUGUUAGAUGUACAUUGCACAAAUAUUUGGUCUGAGAGUAUGCUUGUGUGUGUGUGUGUGU